AUGGGGCGGUUCCUGCUCCUCCCCGACCGUACCGGGAGGAUUCUGCGGCUUUCCGGGCUCCCUCGUCGGCCGCUGCUCGGGGUGGCACAGCCGGGUCCCCGGUUCCGUGCCCCAGCCGUUAGGAAGCGGCCAUGGGGCGCUGCCGCGCCGCCUCUUCUCCUGCCCCCUCCCCUCCCGGCCGCACGUGCUCGCCCGCAGCGGCUCCCUGCGCACGCGCCGCCCGCCUCACCUCUCCCCGGGCCGCUCGCGGCGGGGCGCGCAUGCGCGGGGCGCGGCUGGCGGCGGCGGAGGGCAAUUAAAAUGGAAGAUGAGGAGGUCGCCGAGAGCUGGGAGGAGGCGGCCGACAGCGGGGAGAUAGACAGACGGUUGGAGAAGAAGCUGAAGAUCACACAGAAGGAAAGAAAGUCCAAAUCCCCUCCUAAAGUGCCGAUCGUGAUUCAGGACGACAGCCUCCCCGCAGGGCCUCCCCCCCAGAUCCGCAUCCUCAAGAGGCCGACCACCAACGGCGUGCUCAGCAAUCCCAACUCCGCCAGCAGGCCGGCCUUCCCGGUGAAAUCCUUGGCGCAGCGGGAAGCGGAGUACGCGGAAGCCAGGAAGCGAAUAUUGGGCAGCGCCAGCCCCGAAGAAGAGCAGGAGAAACCCAUCCUGGAUAGGCCCCCGAGGAUUUCCCAGCCAGAAGACACCAGGCAGCCCAACAAUGUGAUUAGGCAACCCCUGGGUCCUGACGGCUCCCAAGGCUUCAAGCAGCGCAGAUAGAGGCGGGCAGGAGGGAGAUGCUGCUGCGGGAGGCAGCGCCCGCUGCCCUGCGUCGGACUUGAGCAAAGGGAACUCCCCGGGUUCUUUGCACUGUGAUCCCCUUUGCUCUGCCCACUGUGACCUUCAUCCCCACGCACUGUGACCUCCCCUCGCCACCCACUGUGACCCACAGACGGCGAAGGGCUGUCCCCGCAUGGCCGGGACGACAAGGGGGGGGGUUAAAGGACUCAGAUGGGUGCAGGGAGCCGCGGGCGCGGUGCUUGGGCUGCAGCUAGCGCCAGCAAUAACGUUUGUCGUCCUCGUCACCCGGGAUUUAAGGAAGCAAAACCCCUGGGAAUGCUCCCCAGACGCACGUGUUGUCCUCAUCGCCUUAGGAACAAGUUCUGGUUCCAAGGAUCUCUCUUUAUUUCAUGUCCUCUUUGCUGUCUGUUUGGCGGAGCACAUGGGAUGGGUUUGAGCUCUUGGGGUUCAUUGUGAGAGGGAGGUAAGCUUCCAACAAGGAAUUUCAGUGAAUUGCUGCAGCUUUUCCCAGCUCGCCUUUGGCAGCUGCUUGCUUCUCCUUCUCCAUUUCCACUUCUGCCAAGCACAGGGGGUGCAGGCUCCAGAUUCCCACCUUUGGGAGCUGUUGGAGCCCGAUGACCGAGUUUACAUCCUGCUCCUGGUAGAGCUUGGCUGGUGUUUUCUGCUGGCUUUGAGGAAAAGCUUCAAAUCAUCUUCUUUUUUGGUUGUUUUUUUUGCUUUCUUUUUUGUAUUUGGGGAGCAGGGAGCAUGCCCCCAUCCCAGGAAAACGCUUCCCACCUGGCUGAGAGCACCGGGAGGUGAAGGAUUAGGAAUCCAUUGCACGGAGGAGAAGGUGCUGCUGUGGUCCGUGGAAUGAGGCUUGUCGUGUGGCCAGGGAAUGGGGUGUCCCAUGGCGCUGACUCCGAGUGUCACGGAUGGUCACGGUACGAGCUGCGUUUCCCUCCUGGAAUCACAUCAGGGAAGAAACCCAGCGCUGGAUAAAGUCUGGAUGAUUCCCACCAUCGUACCGGCGGCUGCUGGGAAGCGAUAUUCCUCCUCCAGCUCCCGGGAGGAUGACGGGGAGGCUGGUGAUGGUGAAAACGUGGAUAUUGCCCCCCUGGAUGAAGCUGACCUACCUUAAUAUUGAGGGAUGAGAUGAACACUAAGUGCUCGUCCUGGAGGGGAUGGGACCUGGAAAACCAUUGCUGGUUCUGGGCGCAUGAUUGUGCCGCUUCGUGCUCAGUAGGUUCAGGGGUAAAGGAGUGAAUCCCGGUGUCCUCCACGCGCAGGGAAGUGCCUGGACACCCACAGACGUGUUCACCCCAACCCCAGACGGUCAAAUAAACCUACCUGUGUCUCAAUGACCCCGUUAGAGCAUUAAUGGGCUCAUUCAAGCACUGAGGAUGGUGGUGAGGGGGUGGUGGGCAGGGAUCCCCUGGGUAUCCCCAUGUUUUGGGGGGGGGGGGUCCUAAUGUUUAUCCCCUCCCAAUGUCAGGCUGAGGCCCUGGGGGGAGCGGGAGAGGGGAAAGACAUCAGCAAUAACCGCAGUCACCGCGCCUUUCCUUAAUGAUUACCCAAAAUAGCUUUGAAUAGCCCCAAAUCCAGUGGGGUUUGGUGUAGCUGAUCAGUGUUAAAGUCGCUGCCUCCAAAACAUCCCAUCUCCGGCACUGAACCCCCCCCCCCCUCCAAGCUCCAUCACCGGAAUCUCCAUUUCCAGCACCCGGACCUCCCAUCUCGGCACUGAAAUCUCCAUCUCCAGCACCAAAACCUCCUUUUCCAGCACGGAUCUCUCCCGGCUCCUCCAUCCCGGUGACCAGGAGCCGGCCGGCCCGCGGGCAGGGCUCGGCGGCGUUCCUGCGGGAAGCCCCUUCAUCCCGGGAACGCUGAGGAUGACCACGGUACCACGUGUGUUUUCACCCCCUCCCCCCCCCCCAAACCCCAUGCGCCGUGAAGAAAACGUUUUAUAAAGUUGUAUUUUAAAUAAAUGUCUUUAAACUUUUAAUGACAAAA